AAAUGCAAAGUAGUAUAUGUUUUUUUUGCUUGCAUGUAAAUACCAACCAAUUUACAUUUUCUUACUCUUGUUUAGGCCCAUCAUGAUUUUUAUUAUUUGAAUUGUAUUUUUCUUCUGCAGUUGAAACUAUUUUGCUGGCUUUUCAGAACUACAUCUUGAUGCUUGGCACUACUGUGAUGAUUCCUUCAAUUCUUGUUCCCCUAAUGGGUGGAAGUGAUGGUGACAAGAUUCGGGUCAUACAAACUUCAUUAUUUGUGUCUGGCAUCAACACACUUUUGCAAGCAUUGUUUGGAACACGUUUGCCAGCCGUUGUGGGUGGUUCUUUUGCUUAUGUUAUACCAAUCCUUUAUAUAAUACGUGACUCGGCACUGCAACGAAUCCCUGAUCCACAUGAACAUUUAGUUAUCAUAAAGAUGGAUAACAUGGAGUCUUCCAUCUAUCAAUCCAACUUGCAGAGAUUCCUACAAACCAUGCGUGCUAUUCAAGGAGCACUUAUCAUAGCAUCAAGUUUACAAAUAAUACUUGGCUACAGCCAGUUGUGGGGUCUCUUUUCAAGGUUCUUGAGUCCUCUUGCUAUGGCACCUGUGAUUGGAUUGGUUGGUUUAGGGCUGUUUGAACGAGGUUUUCCUGCGGUAGGAAACUGUGUGGAAAUUGGUAUACCGAUGCUUCUAAUGCUCAUUGGGUUGUCACAGGUUCUUUUUUAAUCUUCUAUUAUAAUGUUACCUCUCUCUCUCUCUCUCUC